AUGGCGUCAGCAUCAGACGCAAACGCACCGACUACUACCACUAGGAACCACUUCGAGGGCGAAUACUCGGCAAGCGACUACGCAAGACAGCAUUGCGAAAGCGCCGCUCGGACGAGACAUUGCGGGACGACGGACGGAACGAAAUCCUGCUCAAAGCUGCUGCCGAAGGCCAGACUCAAGGUCUCGUACCUCAUCCGCUUAGGAGUUGACCUUGACCACAGCGACGACAAGGGCUACACCGCGCUUCACCACGCCGCUCUGAGCGGAUUCGAAGACACUGUUGAGGUGCUACUCGCUGCUGGAUGUGAUUUCAAUGCUGCAAGUCUGGACCAUGGCACUCCGCUUCACUUGGGCGCAUUCAAAGGGCGCAAAAACGUGGUAGACCGACUGCUGAGCUACCGCGCCAAAGUCAAUGCCGAGAGUAGACUCUUCGGCUCGCCGCUACAUUGUGCAGCUAUCUUUCCAUCCUUUGCCAUUGCAUCUGUACUUGUCAAAAAGGGUGCCGAUGUGAAGAAAAAGAGCAUACUCCUGGGGGAGACCUCCAGAUUGUGGUUCCUUGCAUCAGUGACCGAAGGAACUAUGGAGCUGGCGUUUCAAACCAACGUAGCCGUCUAG